AUGUAUUCGUUAAAUUUAAUAAUCGUUAUCAUUAAACUGUUAGUGAUAAUGGAUGUAGAGGCGGCUCCCACCUCUUCACUAACUAAUAGUGUAAUAAAUAGUGCUAAAGAUAUAAAUCAACAACUAACUCAACCACAGCAACAACAACCUACCGCCGCUUUAUCUGCAAUCGCAUCAUCAGCAACAACUUCGCCAGCCUCAGUAUCAGCAACAGCAUCGACAAAUACUUUACGCUUGCGCAAACGCCAUCGUAAACGUCAUAGUAUUUGGUCUGAUUUUUAUAAUUAUAAUGAAAACUCCACCAUGUUGGAGUGGUCAAAUCCUUGUGGCGGCGAAUAUCAUCCAAAUGCCAGACAGCUGAAACGACCCAACAGAAAAGAACAGAAGAGGAUUUACAACAACUUAAGACAUACCGCCUUAAAUGAUUUCAAUUAUUUAAAUGGCAGCCAUCAGCAAGAUAUUGAUAUAAGCAAUAUUGAAAUUUGGUGGCUACACAAUGGAACAUAUAAAUUUUUGCCAAAAUUAAAAAUUAAUUCAAGUAUUGCUCUUAAACGUUGGUAUCGCAACAUGCAAACUUAUGUGGCCUCUUUUGCCUACUUGUAUCGCAUACAAUUCAAAUACGAUCGCUCCAAGUCUCAAAGAGAAUCCAACACUUCACAUGAACUCAAAGAACUGCUAAAGAGUUCUAGAAAUAUGUUGUGUGAAUUGGAGACGGCUGUUAACAAAACCUAUCCCGCCAAGACUAAACAAAUACCUCAAAUUACCCGUUUGGAAAUGAAUAAACGUUUGAAAUUGCGCACCAAACAACGUUUCCGUGACAAUGCAAAUUUAUUGGCCGAAACUGAUUCCAUUGAUUUGAAAUUUGUUAAAUUUCAUUAUUUUGAAUAUUUGAAAAGUAUGUGGCAACUUUUAAGAAAAUUCAACAAACGCAAGGGACAAGUUGCAUUGCCCAGUGGCUCUUCUACUAAAAGACAGCUGAAACAAAAACCCGAAACAAAUAAUCAACAACAAUUUAAUGAAGUGGAAAAAUCAUUAAAUAAAAAUCAAACAAAACACAGCAAAUACACCGCUUUACUGGAUGUGAUGUUAUGCUUUGCUAUGCGCGAAAACCAUCAGCAUCGUUGUCGUCGUCGUAGUCGUCAUCGUCAUCAUGGAGCAACAUCAACCUCUCACAACGACAACAAUGAAAAGCAUCACAUCAUUCAACCAUGUAACAAAUCAACUCAGCCAUUCAGCCUGUGA